UUGUCAAUUAAUUAUUUUUCAUCAAACAUUAAACAUCGUAUAAUAAAAUCGCUAUCAUUAUGAAUAAUUUAUUGGAAAAAAUCAUUUUGAUCAAUAUUAUUUUGUUCAAUUUUCAUAAUGGUUUAUUAUUAACGAAUGCUGAAAAUACUAAUGAAUUAGAUCAGACAACAAUGUCAACUGUUUAUAAUAAAACAAUUGAUAAAUUACCGAAAAGAUUUUCAUUAUCAAAUAAAAUUCUUACUGGAAUACGAAAAAAAGUAUUGAAUACAAUUACUGAUAUUAUUCAGGAUAUUGUCAAUAAAACCGAUGUUAAUAAAUUAAAACAAUGUUAUAAUGGUGAAUUUGGUGGACAGGAUUUAAAUCUUUUUUAUAAACCGAUAAAAUAUGUUAUCAAAAAAUAUUUUGAAUUUAAAGGACAUAGAAAUUUAUUUAUAGAUAAUAAUAAAAAAAUUCAACAAAUUGUUAUAACAUUUAUACAUAAUAUACGAGAAUUGUUACAUAGAAUACGUAAAUGUCUAUUUUCAUCAAAGGAACAACAAAUGAUUAGAGGUUUAACAUCUUUAUCACAUUUGAGCUAUGAUGAAUAUAGAGGAUUGUUGAAUAACAAAUUGUUUUCAUCAAAUGAUAAUCAAAAUGAAACUUUUACUAUUUGUCCAGAUAUUAAAACAGUAGAUUUGAUUCCGGAAGAAUUUGACUGGAAUAAACAAGGAAAAGUUACAGCUUGUAAACAACAAAUGACAUGUAAUUCUUGUUCUAUUUUUGCAUCUGUUGGGGCAGUCGAAAGUGCAUAUCUUAUUCAUGGUAAUAAGAAAUUUAAAAAAAAUGAUGUAGAUAUAAGUGAACAGGCUAUAGUGGAUUGUUUUAAAUAUGAUGUUUGUAAAAAAGGUGGAUCGAUACUUUCAGUUUGGAAAAUUAUGAAAGUACAAGGUAUUGUUGAUGAACAUGAUUCAAAAUAUGAAGGUAAACAAAAUUCUUACGCAUGUCAAGGAUUACCAAAAUCAAAAUUAAAUUAUGAGAUUAUCGAUUGGUGUGGACAUGAUAGAAAUGAUGAAAUGUUUAUUCAAAAAUAUAUUUUAAAAUAUGGACCGGUAAUUGCUGGUAUUAAUGGUGAUUCAAAAGAUUUUCAAUUUACAAGAGGUGUAUUUCGUGGUAAAUGUGAUAUUAAAAUUAAUCAUGGAAUUGUAAUAACUGGUUGGACAAAAAAUAAUUGGAUUAUUAAAAAUAGUUGGGGUUUAAAUUGGGGAAUUGAUGGUUUUCUAUUUUUACCACGUCGACAAAAUAAAUGCGGUAUCAAUCAAUCGAUGGGUAUUACUUUUGGACGAAAUAUUUGAAAAAGAAAUCUUUAAUCUUUACUAAAUCUUUUCUUCCUUUUUAACAUUAUUUUUUUUACAUUACGAAACCAA